AUGCUGGAUGCGACGAGCGUUGAUUUAGGGUUAGAUUCGCUGAAUGCGCCGGCUGCAGCCACGGCGCGAGUCCAACCGCCGAAUCCCUUUUCCGUGCUCAAGUGCUUCUUCCUCAUGGGCUUCUACAACUUCGGUGGCACCAAGGGCCACGUAGAGAUGAUGCGCAAAGAGUUUGUGGAUCGGCGAGGCUGGCUCGACGACUCCCAGUUCACGGAGGUGUACCGAUAUGCCAAUGCCAUUCCGGGCCCAACGGGGAUGCAGAUGGUGGCGACACUUGGCACGCUGUGGCUGGGCACGUACCUGGGGGGCAUCCUAAUGCUUUUCUUCUACAUGCUGCCGGGAUGCCUUUCCGUCUACUUUGUGUCGAGGUUCGUGGAGGGGGUGGGACAGAACGAUUUCUUCUCGUUCAACACGCAGUGGUUCACGGAGUUUGGCCCGCAGAUCCCCUCCGAUGAGAAAGCCUCCACCUUCUCGCAGGCUGUCGUGGGCGCUGUUGCUGCUGCUCCUGCCUACGCCCUCCUCUACUCCUUCACCCAUGCGCAGAACCUCGCCAGCACCACGCACAGGGCGCUCAUCGCCAUAUCCACCUCCAUCUUCUUCCUCCCCUCUACCCACUCUCUCGUAUUCCCCCCCUUGCCCCUCUGCCCCUUCUAUAACCCCUUCAUCCUGCUCCCCUCCCUCCCCUUCCCCCCUCCCUCCUCCUUCCCCCCUCUUUCACAGCUGGCCACCACCACGGACAGGGCCCUCGUCGCCCUCUCUCCCCCGCCUCCCCUAACCCCCCUCUCUCGCCUUCCCCUCUGCCCCCCGUCCCUUCUCCCUCCCUUCUUUCACAGCUGGCCAGCACCACGGACAGAACGCUCAUUGCCAUGCCGGAGAAACACCGCUGCAAACACUCAGCUAAGCGCCAGCAGUACCAGUGCUGAGUGGGCUCCACUCACAGGCAGAGGGGGGGGCGGACGGGGGGGAAACGGCUUGGCGGGAGUAGCUGGGGCGGGAUCCCCGGCGUUCAGUGAGGGGGACGAAGGGGACGAGGAGGAGAGUAAGAAGCUGCUGGGGAAGGGCUUGGCGGUUGGGGGGGUGGCGGGAGGGUUGGGGGAGGGUGGGGGGGCGGGGAUUGCGUUGGGGAACUCGCUGGUGGUGCUGAGAGCCAAGGUGCACUCGCUGCCGUGGUCUGCUGUGCUGCUGUUUGGAUGGGUCGUCACGAACCUGGCCUUCCUCUACUGCCGCACUCACGACGGGCGCGACCUGGGAUGGCUCGUGCUCACAGAGAUGAUCUGCCGCUCCGUGUCGCUGGGCUUUGGGGGCGACUUCUUCCCUUUCGCCAUCAUGAAUAUGGAGUAUCUGCAGGAGAACGGCAUCCUAAGGCCACCCAUUGUCAACAUCGUCGCCCUCACAGCCACCAUCAUGCUGCCCGGCCAUUACUACUCUGCCGUCACCUUUAUCGCCAUCUACAGCAUUGGCGUGAAGGGCGUGGUGGUGGGGCUAAUGGCAGUGGCUGUACCAACCUUCCUCUCCGCCUUCUCCCUCCUCCCUCUUUGGGACUCCUUACAACGCGACCAGGGACUAGGUGCGGCAGUAGCUGGUGCUGGGCUAGCAGGUGCUGGAGUGGAGAUCGCUGUUCUACUGCACCUGCUGCUGCAAGUGGCAACAACAACAGGGCCGCUAGCUGUGGGCAUUCUCACGGCAUCAUUGGUUGCAGCUUUCCAGACUCCAGCGCCAAUAGCUGUGGCAACAGGGUCAGCAUUCGGGCUUAUUCUCUAUCUGUUCAACAUCGGUGGUCCGUACUGCUGGGUGCCAGCAUACAUGCGCCUCAACCCUGAAAUGGUCAAGCCAUGCCUGCUCCUGCACAACCUCAAUACGCUCUUGUUCACGCGCUAUUGA